AUGGGUGGUGCUCUAGAAGGCACCUCCGCUGAAGGCUCCCUCCCCAAGGCGAUCGGUAAUAUUGAAACGCAAGUGACGGACAAGCUUAAAGAAAAUAAUCUUGGAUCAGAAAUAGAUGAGCAAAAUACUUUCACCGCCCCCUUCUCCCAAAUCACCUCCAAACUCAAAGAAAUCGCCGGGCUGAUUGACAGCGAAAAAAAGGAUCCGGGUCCAGCACCGGGUGAUGGCCAGAAGAACGGCGUGAACAACUACCUGAAUGAUAUUACAAGUAUGCUUGGUCAAGUUUCUACUGUUAACCUCACCUCCGAUAUAAAAGAGAAGCACACCGACGUCCAAGGCCUCGCGCAUAUCCAGAGUGAACUGCAAAAACUCCACAUCCAGGUUCCGCAGGUUACCAACCUACUCAUGCAACUCUGCAGCACCGUCGGCAACAACGCGUAUUACGCUAAGAAGUCUCUCACUCAGCUGAAAAAUGAGUAUUUCGUAAAAUCAACAGAAGCUAAAAACAGCAUACUGAAAAUCUACAGUCAGCUCGACGACCUCCACAACGAAAUCAAAGUCGGCCCUAUCCAUGACGCCGAAGAGUUUCUAAAGUUCGCCGAGCAAGCCGAACAACACUUUAGUAAGAUACUCAAGGAACAGGUCGAAAAUGAUAUUAAAGACGCCGAAAAAGCCCUCACCUCCCACGCCCGUCAGCAGUACGUCGACUCCAUAAAAUCGCUGCUCCAGGCCUUCGCUGACAAAGCGCAAGACGAACUGUCACCAUUGCCUAAACUCAUCGACGAGGAUUUGAAGGUUGGCUUCAAAGGGUUCAUGAAAGCUGUCGAGGGUGAAGUUACAGAAGGUGAAACUACUGGAGAAAAUAUUAACAAGCUUAGCAGUCGUGCAUCUGAUUCCGUCGAUUCACCGGACAAUAAGAAAACAGCAUUCGCAAAUCUUUCGCAGAAAUUCAAAGAGUUCUACAAUAACCUCCACCUAUAUGUCAACAAACAGGUGCUUAAGGUCUACGAUUACGAGAAAGAGAAGAAUCCAUCCGGCACGCCUGCACAUGAUUAUCCCCGCAAGUUGUCGACCAUAUACGAUGCACUCAACGAGUUACUCAUUCACCUUAGCCGCAAUAGCAGGUUUGACUGCCAUGUUCCAGCGCUGCUCGAUGGCAUCUCUGGCGCACUUGUUGACCUAAAACCACAAGACUUCGCGACCGUAACAACACCCGUCUUGGACGUCAUGGUCAGCGGUGUCGGCAAAUACGUUGACGAACUUAGAGAAGUUUACAUCUCAGCAUAUGAUAGUGUAACGUUUGAAGGUUUACUGUGCACGGAAGAGACUAAGACAGAUGAUGCCGGACAGACAAAGAAGCUAACCCAUCUGACAGAUCACGGCCGGAAGUGCGCGAAGGUAUUCCUCACUUUGCUAUGCACGCUUCUGAGUUCGUUGACCAUAUUGAAGCACAAUUGCAAGUCUCUGACCAAGCAGCAAAUCAACAAAUCCACGGACGUCGGUAGACACUUUGCCGAGCUUGGCUUCACAGUAUCGGACGACGGCAAGCAAAAUGGCGAAUUACACGAUACGUCCCUAAUUACAGGGGAGUACAUCGCUAACAGCCUUACAUUCAGAAUUAAGAAUGCCGAUAAAAUCGAGCACCUUAAAACGUGCCUACAGAAUAGAGACAAACUGACAAAUAUCAUUAACAUCUUCGACAUACUCAAGUGCAUUUACCAUCACUUCGAGGAGUACAACGAGGUCUGCCACAUCGCUUCCUCCUCAUCCAAGUCACCUUGCAGCGUAUACGAGAUGCUCGUAUGGCUCACCGGUCUACCUUAUACCGCUGCCAAUUCGGUCAUGCGACACGCAACAAUCACUGAGCUAUUCGAGAAUCCGGACAAGCAAGUAACGGACGGGGAGAUCUCCGGCACUUUAGUAGGUGAUUCGCCCAUAAAAGCGCAGCCAUAUGACAUCACGUUCAACAAGGUCAUCAAGGCCAUCGACCACGUCUGCUCGAAAUCGUACGGCAUACUCACCACCGUAGCUGGGCACGGUGACGCCGACACUACGUAUGGCAGCGAUUUAUGCAAUAACUCUCUGAGGCUGAGAUAUCCGUCAUCCGGCGAAGAUUGCUUCCAGAUGCUGCUCGACGUGCUAUGGAGGCUCUUGCCGGCUCUCAGGUACCUGCAGACGCAGUGUGUCUUGAAUGAUAAGUACAGCGGCUGGGCCAACUGCCAGUACGGCAAGGGUGUACCGCCAAGUAAUUGGCCAUGUACCGACCACCCAAGCGACGAAGCAAAGUGCCAGGCAAACUGUCAAGCAAAUGGUAAACCAACGUGCCGACCAACUUCGCCCCUUCAGUCCUACCUGAACGAUAGCUUGGUCGGCCACCUUCCCCACCGCGUGACAUCCAUCGGCUGUAGAUCGGUAUGCAGCAAUUGUCCACGGAACAAGCCCGGAAUGCCCUGCCUGACACCCAUGGGCUUCAGGGGAUUUUCCGGAUCGGCGAAAACGGGGAAGGAUAUAUAUGACAUGAUAAAUACUUUCUUCGGUACCGGCUUAAUUUCAUCGGUUCUCUGCCUCGUACCGAAGCCGCCGUCUACUUUGGCUGAGCAUUUCAGUUUUGCUUCGUCACUUGUCAAGGACUGGCAGUACGGUGGGUCGACCAAGGAAAAUGACUUGCAAUCAUGCAUCGAAACAUCCAUUGACAAACUGUCGAUCAGGCUUAUUGAGAGCCGCAGCAAGUUCACAAAUACACUUCGUGAUGCAUAUGGCAGCAGCAGUAGCUCUCAUAGCGCUCAGGGUCAUGUAGCUGCAUACACCGAUCUGGCCAGCUUAUCGAGAAACGCGACGUGUUCAGGUCUGGAUGUUCAGUGCGGCCCGUAUCUCCAAUCGACGUGUCACGAUGCGUACAAUUACCUCGCUCACAAGCACAGCGACACUUACUUGUCAUGGGCUAUAUAUCUACCGUGGACAUUCUACAGUUACCUGAAAGCAUUGCUCGAUGCCUUCCAACAGAUUGAUUGCGGAAGCUUCUGUUGCAGAGGAUGCCCAUGUAAGCCGGGCUCCCAUGGUAAGGAAGCGAACUGUAAGUGCAACACAAUUGUAGGCUGUCGUGGCGUUGCGCCUACAUUCUACAGAUACGGGUUCACAUUAGGAGAUGCGCAAGCUCUGAUGCGUACGGACAGCGUAAAGAAUUGCGCGAAUUUCGUCACGCAACUGAAAGCGUUAUUAAAUUCCAACUACUUCAAAACGCUCCUCCAAAAGUGCGACGAAUUCAUCUUCACGAUCCGCGCACCCUUCAUCUGGCUUAACAUCGCACUCUGGUCACUAUCCCUCUUCUACCUCCUUUGCGUAAUGGUUGGCAGACUGGAUCUGCUCCAUAUCCGCUCACACCUGAGGAUACCGUCGUCGCACAAGAUAACGGCGCAAUCAUUGUUGGCGGCAGCGCAAGUCGGAAGGCUUGCCAAGAUAUCGUAUCUACAGCCGUAA